CUCCUCCUCCUCCUCCUUCGGCCUUCCCCUCCCCAGCGACGGCGCGGACGAGCAUCCUCGCUUCGGCGCACCACCGCCAGCUGUGCAGGUUAAUUAAUUGCCGGUCCCCAUAAGGAGGUUGCUGUAGGAGCAAUCAAGUAGCAUGAAGUUCAGAGUUGUUUGCAGGAAGUUGUACGAUUACGUGAGGUAUGAUCUUAAAGAGAUCGCCUUCCCAUCUUCCCUGCCAGACCCUCCGGGCACCAAGAGACGUCCUAAGCUCACACUGAAAGAGAAAUGGUGUAUCCUCAAGGAGGCAACCAGGCUCUAUGGGGCUUCCUGGGUGAGGGACAUCGGUCCCGAGCUCAGGCCAAAUGAUUACAAGAAGGUCAAAGAGGAAUCUGACCCUAACAUCACCAAGGAGGGGAAAACUCCAAGCGAGCCCAGUUUGCUUGAGGAUCUUGCGGUGGCAGCGAAGGGCGGGGCGGAGACCCUGAAGCCUGCGCUGCGGCGCAUAUACAUGACCCGUGCCUCGACCUACACGAGUGCAGUGAAGAACUAUGUGGAGACCUAUCAGGAAGGGCUGAAGGAUGUCUUGGACGAGAAGGCUGCUGGGAAGGAUCACCAGCAAGGCAAUGAGCCAAGGGGACCAUCCACACCACCUCCACCGCCGUCAUCCUCUUGAACUUGUUUCAAGCUUGUGUGGAAAUAUUAUCAUUACAGCUCGCAGCUUGUCGUUCAUAUGUACCAUCAUCAGUGCUGAUGGCCGUGUAGUCAGGUAGAACAGAUUGCGAUGCUCUGCUCUGCUCAUUUCCUGUACCUUUGUCGCUAAGGAGAUUGUUUGUCAUCA